CUGACGAUCGGUCAAGCUAUCCAUUAUCCAAUUCUCAUCGUGUCUUGAUCUCAGUAUCUGCCAUCGACUAACGCACUUCUAUAAUUAUGUCACCUGACAUGGACAAUGCUAAUCAAUAUCCCGUGUACAUCGGGGUCUGGACCAAUUGGUCUCGUGGAAAGGUACUCGGUUUGACUCUCACACUCAGACGCCAAGAAGCCAAUCUGCUCGUAGCAUUUACUGCGUUCUUCAUUGCCUUCAUUGCUACACGGUUCUGGAGAGUCCUCUGUUUUGCUUUUCACCGGAUGCAUGCUGCAGAUACAUCACAGAACGCUGUCUAUCACCAACGCCAAGCCAUCCUACGGAAUUCCUCAAGCCCAGAAGAGGGGAUACGACAACUUGUGAAGCUGGCGUGGACCAAUAGGGAUAAGAAAGGCCGCAACCCCACCCUAUUCAUAGCAUUCAUUGCUCUCCUUUGUAUCAUCGCCUUUACUGCUGCCGGUGGUUUAUCUUCGCAAGUUUCCACGGCAAUAGGCACCGAGGUUUUGAUCAAAAGCCUCAAUUGCGGAUUAUUGAGCCUUGAAAAUGGACCGAGCGGGUCAGAUGGGCCGACGACCAUAACUCAAAAAUUCUUCGCAUUAGCACCUAGCAAAGCAGAAGUCAUCGACGAUGCUGCUAACUAUGCGCAACAAUGCUACUCCAACGAUACGGCUGGGAACCUUGACUGCAGUCGCUUCGCUGUAAAGAGAUUGACCAGUCUUAUUGACACGAAUGCAGAAUGCCCAGUUGAAAGAAAGAUGUGUCGCUCAAGUUCGAACAAUUUGCGUAUAGAUUCUGGGUAUAUUGAUAGCCGUGAGCAUCUAGGCCUUAAUUUGCCACAUCGAUUCUUCGCCAGGAAGGUCUUACAUUGUGCACCAAUUACGACUGUGGGUUAUACGAGCGAACAAAAUACUUUAACUGGAAAUGUUACACUUUAUCACUAUGGAAAGCUCCUAGCACCAUCCGGAUGGAAAGACUACAUCUUCGCAGCUAAAUCAAUCGAGUCUCAAUACGAAUUCAAUCUAUCUCCUGAUUUUGUCGUCGUCGGUGGUAACUAUGGCAUAACUCCGCUCGUGUUGCAGAUAUUGAAUGGAACCAUUGCCAAACAUUCCUCUUCGUUUAUACCAAACAAUUCACUCUUUAGAGAUGACGCAGAUCUCAUGAUCGUUUUCUUAUCCGGUCAAGGAGUCCUGCAUUCAGCUCCUUCAGAGGACGAAUGGUAUCGCGUAUCCUCAACUAGUGUGAAUGUUAGCGAGACGAAUGCCGCAGCAGUUAACUCAGCACCAAUUUUCCUGCCCCGAGAGCCAGCAUCUCCUCUGGGCUGCACCGUCCAAUAUCAGUUAUGUUACCAAGAUGUUCAGCACUGCACCUUGUUAGCAAGUCCUGCGGAUGCUUUUUCCAGCUUAGCGCAUCUUGUUAAUUCAACCGCCGCUGAUGAUAAUCCUAACAAGAUGGGUCAAGAUUCGUUUCAAUAUUUCAAAUCCGGGUUUACCCAAUACCAAUCUACAGACGUAUCUGAUUUACUACAACAACUGGGGUCUGCGAGCCUUGCCUCAAAGAAAUCAUUAACAUCGUCCAUUCAAGGUCCUCUUCCGCCUAAUCAAUGGCAACUAGACGUCAUCCGGUGGUGGGAUAUCACGCAAGCAGCCUUACAAGCUGCGUAUUUGAGGACGGCUUACUUUAAUCCGUCAGACCAGUCUCUACUUGCAUAUCGCACAAAUUUUACGUCCCCAGGAUUCCAAAAGUUGUGCAAUAACCAGAAGAUAAGAAGCGCUGCGUACACAUCUUUCAGUGUCUUCGGCCUUCUCUUCAUCUUUGUUGUCGGGGUACUAAUCGUCCUGAUAUCAUACAUACUAGAGCCCAUAUCCCGAUUGCUUCAACGGAAAUGGGGAUACCGAACAUUCGCGCACCUGGAGUGGAACACAAACGCUACUCUACAGCUUCAACGUCUAGCUCACGAACAACUUGGCUAUGGUAAAUGGUCAAAGGGGACGAAUGAGAUCCCAGUUACCGAAGCUGGCGACCUUUUAGGACGUCUCGAUAUUUCGAACGUAGAUCAUCCACUACUAUAUCCACCUUCGAGUACUCAGGAAGAGAAGCCAUCUGACGAUGACAACUCCGAAGUCACACACUCAAAUCCUGAUGCGGAACAAGUGCCACAUACUCCUUCGGUAUCAGAAACACCAAGCACCAUCGUCACAUCAAGUAUCAGCGGAUCCAAUGAGUUGCAAGAAGACAACAGGGUGGCAAUUGCGAACGCUAUUCCAGCUGAAACCGUUAUUCUAGUUGGAGACGCUAUUCAAGCCGGCAAUGCUAUUCCAGCCAAGAACGCCAUGCCCGCCCAGAGUCCAACAUCACACAUAACCCAAGAAGAGGGCCCCGAUUCACUAAACACAUAAUAUAAUAACUAGUUAUAAGUACAGAGCAGGGGGCAAGCCUCGAAGUAACGCUAAUAUUGAAGGGGUGUGGUGAGAAGGAUUAGUCAGCGAUGGUUUCGGAAUCUCCGGAUUUUAUUACAAAAACUGACUGGUAAUAACCUCACUAGCGAUCUGAUACGGAGAUAUGCGCUGCCCCUUUCUUCUUUUUUUUCGUUAUGGAUUUUCACGAAUUGAACGCGUUUUCCUCCCUCAUCACCCUGUUUCACUAUGCCAGAACUUAUUCAAAAGCCAAUUGAAGCGUAGAUUGCUCUUAUCCCCUCCAAUAUAACAUAGCCUUGUGUUAGGAGUAAGGGUUGCUAAUGGGACUAGAGGACUCAGAUUCUAGAACUUGGCAGGACUCGAGAAUGGGUCUAGAAG